AUGGCAGCACCCUUGUUUGCAGAGAUCGAGCUGGUAACACGACCAGGGGCGCCCAUGGCCGACUGCUUGGACUGGUUAAUGGAGCAUCAGUUGCUGGCAUCUAGCAUGGACUGUCUCCGGUGUGACGGUCAUGUGGCGAUGGAGUACGUGGAGCGCAGGGACGUAAGUGACGAGUUUACGUGGCGCUGUCCCAGGGCGACGUGUCGUACAUCCCGCUCAGUUCGCACGGACUCCAUAUUCGCCGAGUUCCCCAAGAUUGACCUGCGAGUUUUCCUGCGAGUCAUCGUAAAGAGACAUGCAGCACAAUGGCACCCGAUUGUCGUCAGAGGACAUCCCCGCAAUAUUACGGGAGCAUCUGUCGCCUACGAACCCAACGACACUAAUCACCACAGUCACCUCCGGUUCUCCUACAAACACCACAGCCACUACUGGAUCGAAUGCCCCACCAACAGCCCCACCUACGAAACACCACAGCCACUACUGGAUCGAAUGCCCCACCACCAGACUCCACCACCAACCCAGCAGCCGGGGCACGACCAGACUCCACCACCUCCCCAGCAGGCUGGGCACCACCAGGCUCCACCACCACCUCAGCAGCCGGGGCACCACCAGGCUCCACAGCCACCACAGACUCCACAGCCACUGCAGGCUCCUUGGCUCAUGACAACUAGAGUGGCCAGACAAAUGGCCACACUGGCCAACAGGGUGCCCUUUGGACCCCUCGGAGGUGGAAACUUUGCAGUACCCACCAUCGAUGCAUACUGGGAAGAAAAGCAGGACGAAGUCAUCAGGGUUUUGAGGAACAAGGAGGAGGUUAUUCUCCUUGGUGAUGGAAGGAUGGAUUCACCGGGCUACUGUGCGCAGUACUGCACAUAUACUGCCAUUGACAACCAUACGAAGUCCAUUGUAGCGGUUGAGGUGGUCGACAAGAGGGAGACGAACCGGAAGUCGACCACCAUGGAGAAGGAAGGGUUCAAACGAACCAUGGACAGGCUGCUGGGAGAGCGUGUGCCCAUCACGGAGGUGUGCACAGACGCACAUCCUCAAAUCUCUGCACUGAUGAACCAGGACAAGGGUGAAUACGGCACCAGAGGUGUUCACCACUCUCUCGAUGUCUGGCACGGGGCCAAGAACCUCACCAAGAAGAUAGUGGCAGCUGGGCAGGUGAAAGGCUGCACAGAGAUAAAGCCAUGGACAAAAGACAUCGUGAACCACUUCUGGUGGUGCUGUAAAAAGGCCAGGAACUACGAAGAGUUCAUCGUGCUGUGGAAGGGUGUGCUGCACCACGUGUGUGACGAGCACACAUGGGCUACGGGCUCUUGUCACCAUGAACAUCUCAGCACCACUGAACCGAGGACAAAGAACUGGCUGGCUCCAGGGUCAGCUGCACACAAGAAACUGAGCACUGUAGUGCUAAACAAGAGGUGGCUGAAGACAGCUUCAAAGUACCUACGGUUCAGAACAACUUCGGAUCUGGAAUCCUUUCAGAACCACAUUUUAAUGUAUGCCUCUAAGAGGCAUGCCUACAGUCCUCCCGUCUACAGGGCCCGAUGUCAGCUGGCUGCAAUUGAUUACAACGCUCACAAAGACCGUGCAGUAUGGAAGACGAAGGAUGGGCAUAUCAAGUACAAGAGGAGGUUUCAAAAGAAGUCAGAAAGGUGGUCUGUACAUGUCCCAAAACAGCCAAAGACCUACAGCUACAUCAAGACCCUGCAGGCUUGCAUCGUCAACACCAGAAUCCAGUCUGGCUCUGGUAUGAGUAGGACACAGCCCCUUUCUGAGACUGACCCCAGGAGAGCUGGGAACCUGGCAGGGGUACCACCACCAGCAACAUCAGUUCUUGUUGAACAACACAGGUCCAGGAUGGACAAUGAUAACUAGGGCAGUUCAACAGCCCAACUAA